CCAGCUGGGUCGGGGUGCAGGGGAGGGCAGGGGCAUGUUGCUGACCUCGUUGCUGAGUCUGCCUGCACUGUGUGUGCCGGGGGCCCCAGGGUCAGGACAGAGCCGGCCACCCUCUGCUUCUGAAGGGGAAGGAGAGGUGCACGCACUGGAGCUCAGCCUCAGGUCUUUGUCUGCAUCUUGGAGUCUCAAUCCUUUAGAACCAUGGAAUGUUUCUAUUUCCAAACCUUGGAAGCAUUGAAUCAUGGAACCUUAGAAAAUUGGCCCUUUGGAAUCAAGACUUUGGGAACCAGAUCAGACUUGGAAGUCACCUUCGGGGGUCAUCUGAUCCAGUCCUCCACCCAGCGCAGGCCGCCUCCCUGAAGACCCCUUGGAAACCAGGGGCUCACUCCACAGCCUCCUGUGGGGACCUCGGGCUUCAGUCCGGUCACAGGGAUGCCUGCCAUCUUCUUGUGGCCGUGACUGACCACCAGGCCCCCACUGCUAGGGCUGGUAGCACCGACCGGCUGCAGGGAAGGAACCGGCCCCAGCUCAGCUAAGAAUAGAAGGCUUUGUGUGAUUUAAGUAGCAGCCUGAUCGUAUCAGGCCUCCCUGCCAGGCCCCAGGUAGCUUAUUAAGCAAGAUCUGGGGGCACUGUGGGUCCUUCGGGUUGAGAGCACUGCUAGGCUUCCCUGGACUGCUCUCUCAUUCCCACGUGAUGAUGAUUUUACUUUUUCCAUCAAGUAAGGCGCAUCGUUCCUCCCUCCUUCCCUCUGUGGCUGGCUAGGGAUCAUCACCAGCGUUCCUGGGGGAGUGUCUCUUCUGGGAAGAGUUCAGACAGACACAGCGGCCUCUGAGAGGAGCAAACAGAUUGGUGGAGAUGGCUUUGUCUUCGAGGAGAAAGCCCAUGAUGGCAGCCGCUCACUGAGCGCCUACUCUGUUCCAGACCCUGGGAUCUGUGUUCCGCAUCCUUGCCUCACCAGGACGCUGUGGGAGCUGCCAGUAUUCCCACGACGAAGAUGUGAACACUGAGACCCAGCUAGUACUUGGCAGAGCUGGUAUUGGAACCAAGGACUGACCCACCUCAUUCCUCGUGGGGACAACAAUUCCUGACUCAGGGGAAGAGCUCUCCCGGUGAAGUGACAUCACCAAGUCCCUGACAGGACACCUCUGGGAGCCCAGCUCACAGCCACUGGUGCCUUCUUCCAGGACCAGCCUGGGGCCCCCAUGGGCUCCUGAGGGCCGGGCACCAGGGCCUCGGGCACGAGCAUGGUGAGACACCAGCCCCUGCAGUACUAUGAGCCCCAGCUGUGCCUCUCCUGCCUCACGGGCAUCUACGGCUGCCGCUGGAAACGCUACCAGCGUUCCCAUGACGACACCACACCGUGGGAACGCCUCUGGUUCCUGCUCCUCACCGUCACCUUUGGCCUCACGCUCACCUGGCUCUACUUCUGGUGGGAAGUCCACAAUGACUACGACGAGUUCAACUGGUACCUCUACAACCGCAUGGGCUACUGGAGCGACUGGUCCAUGCCCAUCCUCAUGACCACAGCCACUGCCUUCACUUACAUCGCAGGCCUCCUGGUGCUGGCACUGUGUCACAUCGCCGUGGGGCAGCAGAUGAACCUGCACUGGCUGCACAAGAUGGGGCUGGUGGUCAUCCUGGUGUCCACAGUGGUGGCCAUGUCGGCCGUGGCCCAGCUGUGGGAGGACGAGUGGGAGGUGCUCCUGAUCUCCCUGCAGGGCACAGCUCCGUUCCUGCACAUGGGGGCCCUGGCCGCCCUCACGGCACUCUCCUGGAUCGUGGCAGGACAGUUUGCCCGAGCGGAGCGUUCCUCCUCCCAGAUGGCCAUCCUCUGCAUCUUCUUUGCUGUGGUGUUUGCCCUCUACCUGGCCCCUCUCACCUUCUCCUCUCCCUGCAUCAUGGAGAAGAAGGACCUGGGCCCCAAGCCCGCCCUCAUUGGCCACCGAGGCGCCCCCAUGCUGGCCCCAGAGCACACGCUGAUGUCCUUCCGGAAGGCCCUCGAGCAGAAGCUGUACGGGCUACAAGCUGACGUCACCAUCAGCCUGGACGGCGUGCCCUUCCUCAUGCAUGACACCACCCUGCGGCGCACCACCAACGUGGAGGAGCGGUUCCCGGAGCUCGCCCGCCGGCCCGCCUCCAUGCUCAACUGGACUGUCCUGCAGAGGCUCAACGCCGGCCGGUGGUUCCUGAAGACGGACCCCUUCUGGACGGCCAGCUCCCUGUCACCCUCCGACUACAGGGAGGUCCAGAACCAGUCCAUCUGCAGCCUAGCUGAGCUCCUGGAGUUGGCCAAGGGCAAUGCCACUCUGCUGCUCAACCUGCGCGACCCCCCGAGGGAGCAUCCCUACCGCAGCAGCUUCCUCAACGUCACACUGGAGGCCGUGUUGCGCUCAGGCUUCCCCCAGCACCAGGUCAUGUGGUUGCCCAACAGGCAGAGGCCCUUCGUGCGGAAGGUGGCUCCAGGCUUCCAGCAGACGUCAGGCUCUAAGGAGGCGGCCGCCAGCCUGCGGAGAGGUCACAUCCAGCGGCUGAACCUGCGCUACACUCAGGUGUCCCGCCAGGAGCUCAGGGACUACGCGUCCUGGAACCUGAGUGUGAACCUCUACACGGUCAAUGCGCCCUGGCUCUUCUCCCUGCUGUGGUGUGCGGGGGUCCCCUCGGUCACCUCCGACAACUCCCACACCCUGUCCCAGGUGCCUUCCCCACUCUGGAUCAUGCCCCCGGACGAGUACUGCCUCAUGUGGGUCAUCGCCGACCUGAUCUCCUUCACCCUCAUCGUUGGCAUCUUCGUGCUCCAGAACUAUCACUUGAUCAGGUGGCGCCUGGGCGGCAUACGGAGCUACAACCCUGAGCAGAUCAUGCUGAGUGCAGCCGUGCACCGGAGCAGCCGGGACGUCAGCAUCAUGAAGGAGAAGCUCAUCUUCUCAGAGAUCAGCGAUGGCAUGGAGGUCUCCGAUGAGCUCUCCGUGUGCUCCGACAACAGCUACGACACAUACUCCAACAGCACCGCCACCCCAGGGGACCCCCGGGGGACUGGCGGCCGUGCCAGGACCCUCACAGACAGGAGUGGCCGCUAGUUGAAGACCUGUUCUCCCAGGCUGGACCUAACGCAGAGACCAGGAUGCCCAAAAGAGCUGGCGGAAGUGUGUCUGGACCCAGGGUGCCCUGGGAGCUGGCUCCACGGCCUCAGUGGCUCUAGCCCUCGUCUGCCAUGGCCUCUCAUGGGGGUGGGGGCCCCCCCUCGUCCCCGAGGCCCAGCUGGGCCAGGACUCCAGCCUCUCGGUUGCCCCUGCAGGCCUGGGGAUCCUUCUGCUGGGAAGCAUGGGGCCUGGGGCCCAGUCCUCCCGAGGUCCCCUCGCAUCCCUAUCCAGAAGUUCUGCUGGGCCAUGCCGCACCCCCGUGGCAGAACAGGAUGUGGAUGCUCACGUGUUCGUGUUGUGAGGCGGCCGACUUCCCUGGUUUCUCCUGCCUUGAGGACCUGAUGGCACUGGGCCUCUGCCCCCAGCAGCCCUCCCUUCACAUCAGUCUCAAAGCACAAGGAGGUUCGACUUGGGAGGGAGCCGGCCGCAGUGGUGCAGCUGCUCCUCCUGACCAGGCUCCCAUCACCACCGGCCCCGCCCCGGGAACCUGGCGGAGCCGUGUUCCCAGCCGGGAGCAGCUGGAAACGGCCGGAAACGGCCAGAAGAGCAGGCUCGGGGCUGCUCGAUCCCGUGCCCAGGUGUCUGGCAGGCCUCCAGGGCAGAGCGGCUCAGGGCAUCCACGGACAGAUGCGACCUGAGUGGCCACAGGGCAGGGGCCACCUGGGAAGAGUGGUCUGGGGUGUGGUCAGCGGUGGGCACGUGGCCUCGAAGGCCUGCCCUGUGGGGGGAGCCUGACGGACCUUGGCCAAGAUGAUUAAAGCUGCCAUCUUGA